AUGUUAUCUGUAGAUAUUUGUCAUGAUAUUUUAGCGAUACGUUGUAUUGAUGAUUACGUAUUUGUAGGUAUUGGCACCAAGUUAAAUAUUUUCAGUAAUAUUGAUUUAAAAUGUAAGUCAAUAAUUGAAACUGGCCACCAAAACAUUAUUCAUGAUAUUGUCCAAAAUGGGUCUAAUAAGUUAAUUAUUUUUGGAGGAAAAUAUUUAAGUAUUUUUUCAUAUGAAAUUAUUGAAGACAAAAUUAUAGUAAAUAAAUUGUCUGAGCAUAUUUUUAACGACUGGAUAAUAAGCUCUAAUUUUUUUUCAAUAAACAACACAGAAGAUAUUUAUGUUUUAUUUGCACACAAUAAUUUAUAUUUAUAUAAUACAUCGUCCAAGAAGUACACUAAUGUAUUGUGCGAAGAAAAGUGUAUAUUGUACAGCGGUUGCAUUUCUGCGGAAAAAGAUCAAGUUGUAGUAUUGAGCGGUACAGUAUUUAAAGAAAUUUUAAUAUGGACAGUCAAUACCAAAAUUGAUAAUUCAAAAGAUGUUAAAGUCUUCUAUCGUUUAAAAGGCCACAAGGGCGUGAUAUUUUCUAUUUUUUACGACCAACAACAAAAAUUGAUUAGUUCAACUUCAGAUGAUCGAACCGUAAGACUGUGGCAAAUUAAAAAUCCAGAAAAUGAAACUGACAAUUGGAGUAAUUUAACAAUUGUUCUUAAAGCAACAAUGUUUGGUCAUACUGCGCGAGUAUGGAAAUCAUUAAUAGUUAAUGAUAAAAUAAUUAGUGUAGGAGAGGAUUCAUAUAUUUUUAUUUGGACCCUAGAAGGAGAAGUAUGCAAUAAAAUAAUAGCGCAUGAAGGCUCAGCAGUCUGGACUCUUGAAGUAUCAAAAGACAAAUCCACAAUUUUUACUGGUGGAGCAAACGGUGGUGUCAAUUGCUGGCCACUUAAUAAACCGACCCCAGAAUUGCUUCCUAAGCUAUCAUUUACAGACAAACAAAUUCCAAAGUACUUGUCAUAUUUGCACUGUGGAACACUUGUUAUUUUUGUAGACAAUGGACAAUUGUUGACUUACGAUCGAGAGCUUGCUCCAAAAGACUCGAUUAUUUUGCCGAGAUACAAGAGCUAUUGCUUGAUGCAGGUAUCUCCCAACCGAAAGCUUAUUGCAUUCGCGUCCAAAGAUGGACAUGUCGAUUUGUUUCACGAGGUAAAUGAUAAAUUAGAAUUGUUUAAGGACGAUGAAAGAGUAAUGGAGACGAAGAUUUAUUCUAUUCAAUGGUUAGAUGACAGCUCGAUGCUGAUAUGUGGUGACGCAGGUCAUUUAAAAGUACUGAAAAUAAAUGACGAUAAUAAAUUUGAUGUCCAAAAUGAAUUUAUUUUGCCAGCUAGCCGGGAAUGUUGGACCACAUCCGCGAUUAUGAUAAAUAAUUUAAUUAUUUGCGGUGAUCGUGCUGGUAAUGUUUACGGAUUUAAUACAAAGUCGGAAAAUAAAAAUCCUCAAUAUAAUUUUAAUAAAAUUCAUGGACGUCUUGGAGUUCAAUCAUUUGGAAUUAUGAAUAAUAAAUUAAUAAGUACUGGACGUGAUGCUACUUUGAGAUUUUAUAAAUUGAUAAUAAAUGAUAAUAAUGACACAUUGUUAAAAGUACUUGAUGCUAAAAAAAUGCCGAUGGAAUGGGUCAGCAGAACUCUGAAGACAAAUAAUGAUUUUUUUGUCAUUGGAUUCAAGGAAAUAGAAUUUAUAAUUUAUAGUAUGAGACUGAAUAGACUUGUUUUGAGAAUAACCUGUGGAGGUGGACAUAGAUCAUGGGAUUGUAUUUACAUGAAUGACGUUAUUAAAUUUUCUUGUAUUAAAAAUAAACAAGUUUACACGACAGAUAACAUAUUAUGCCAAUUUAGUGAUACAUUAAUCACUGGCUUCCAUACCAGAGAAAUCCAUUCUAUUGAAAUACUCCCAACGAUGUUUAAUAAAAAACAUAUGAUUUUUAUCUCUGCAAGUGAGGAUUGUACUUUACGACUGAGUAAUUUGCAAUUGUCAGAAACAAAUGAUCUUAAAUUAAAUUAUUUAGAUACGUAUUAUGGUCAUAUUUCAAAUGUAAAAGCUAUCGCAGUUAUUAAUUUAGUUGACACACAUGAAGAAACUAAAAAUUUGAUGUUCACUGUCGGAGGAAGAGCUCAGCUUAAAGUAUGGGAAAUUUCCAUCGAUUUGGGUAAAAAUAUUCUGACGAAUAAUGAUGUAACUGUUGCAGAACUCGCGAAAUUCAUGAUACGUGAUAUUGACAAAAGCAGACGGAAAACUUGGCAGCAGAAACAACAGACUUACUUUAUCGAUCCAGAAACACGUUUUAUGGAUGUCCAAGCAUACUUGCAAUCUGAAAAUAAAAUAAUUAUUUUCAUUGCUUGCUCUGAUGGGUUUUUGAGAAUUAUGUCUUAUGAUAUUUCUUUGCGAGAUAUUAAAAUGGUCAAUGAAAUUUCUUAUUACAAUCGUUGUAUUAUAAAAAUUCAUACUUUUGUACAUGAAAAAGAAUUAAUUCUUAUCAGUAUGGCUACUGAUGGAUUUAUUAAUCUGUGGUCGGUUAAUUCAAUGAUUGAAGAAAGUUUGAAUGAUAAGAGUACUAAAGAGCCAUUUAAACUCUGGAUUUCACACCAGUCUGGUAUUAAUAGUUAUGACUUUUGUGUAAAAUUUUAUGGAGAAAAUAACUUUGCAAGCGUUGCAAUAGACCAGCGAAUAGUAAUGUACCAUUACUCAUUCAACAAGUCAAUUUUAUCAGUAACUCCAUUGAUUAAAUUAAUAAAAUUAACUUCCGUGGCUGACGUACACGGCUUAACAUUCUUAUCAAAUAACAGUAACAACAAACAAUUGGGUUGUGUUUACGGGCAAGGAAUAGAAGUUAUACAAUUCGAUGAAUAA